AUGAAUCGGUCGUGUUCCCGUGUCACCGUGCUUCGCGGUGCACCUAGUGCCUUGUACCUUCGUGCCCCACAUACUGUGAGCGUUAGAUUGCGGCGGUCCGCUGUCGCUUCACUACUUGGCCCCACGUUUCUCAGGGUUCAAGUGCGUACGCAGUUCGCUCAGAUUCCGGGAAAGCGUGACCAGGAGGCCUUUCUAGCUCAAUUCAACCCUCUGGAUGUGCUUGGCCUCAAUGAAUCAUGCACUGUCGACGAUAUUGAUGAGGCCUUUAAGCGGAUGAGCGCAAAAUAUGGACCAAAUGGCCCCACUCCCAACGCGCAGAUGGUUGACCGCGUCUUCAGGGCGCAUGAGGUGCUAAAAGAUCCUGCUUCACCGUAUUACUUACGGGCGCACUCUUCUGACAGUGACCGCCAGCGGCUUCAGUUUCAGCUGCUCCCAAAGCGGCAGCGGCGUCUCAUUAAGGCCCAGGCUGGGAUGUUGGUGUUGUUUUUGGCGGGUAUUGCCAUGCUUGUAAUUUCCAUGACCUUUCGCCCGGUUAAGCGGAUGCUACGCGCUGCGACACGUUGA